AUGGAAUUAACGUCAAAAUGUGUUGAGUUCAAUAAUAAUAAUAAUAAUAAUAAUAAUAAUAAUAAUAAUAAUAAUAAUAAUAAUAAUAAUAAUAAUAAUAAUAAUAAUAAUAAUAAUAAUAAUAAUAAUAAUAAUAAUAAUAAUAAUAAUAAUAAUAAUAAUGAUAAUAAUAAUAAUAAUAAUAAUAAUAAUAAUAAUAAUAUUAAUAAUAAUAGUAUUCUAACUUGA